UUAGAUUUCCAGUUUUAUUCAUCUUGAAGGAGCAUCUCUGAUUACAAGCAGACCACUGUACAAACCCAUAAAAGAGGCAUUAGGACCCUGCAGCUGAGGCUUACAGAGAGCGUAAGUGCUGGCAGAGACAGAUGAAUGAGCUAAACACAAGACAAACAAAAGAAGGGACCCAGGAACUGACUCUAGUAGAGAGACAGGGAGAGAUGGUCAGAUAAAUUGACAAGGAGGCUGAAGAGAGACAACGUGACAGAUCAAGAUUCAGCAACAGAUAUCAGGUGGAGUGCACAAACUUGAAGAGGAGGAGGAGUCUGGUCUGAGAGGAAGCUAAAAAGAGUGGAGCGCCAAACGGAGCCCUUCAAAACAGAGUGAUCCUUUCUGAGUGGCCACUGACAUAGAUGUGGAAUAAACUGGAGUCUGGCAAAGAGGACCUCAACUGGCAAAAAAAAAAUUCAUCAUUGACGGAAUUACCGAAAAUAUACUGUGCAAAGGCACCAAGGAGACCAGAAGACAAUCAAACAUUAUUAAAAACAGAAAGAAGACGUGGAGAUACCACCCACAGAGAAGAGACUGAGUAUACCACACACAGAGUUUAUCACAGGACUUCUGGUCACCUCUCUGUGUUGGAAUGGAAAUUGUGCACUGAGCUGCUAAGAAGGAGUUGAGUGAGUUAGAAGUUCACCUACACUGCACCGACACUGCAGCAUGAAGCUCAGGCAUGGGGCAAGAGGGGCACUACUGGCCUUGCUGCUGAGUUUACUGCUGUCUACCUGCACUACACAAGAGAGUGAGGAGAGUCUGGAGCUCCAAGAGGAAAACAAUACAGUCAGCACUGAGAGCCCUGAUACUGUAUCUUCUGACAUAACCAACGUGAGCCCCCACAGGACAUGGAUAGUCUUUAGGGACAACUCCAACAAGGGUGGAAAUAAGAAACCAAAAGGAAAUAAAAGACCCUCCAAGCAUGGCAUUCCAGGUCCACCAGGCCCUCCUGGUCCCCAGGGGCCUCCUGGUCCUCUGGGCCCCCUAAUGCCUCAUCAUGCAGAGUUGAUACAGGACUUCCAAGUCAAACUAAAAGAGAUGGUAGGAACUCACUGCCUGCUCUGCGAUCAAACCCCUCGUGUGGCCACAGCUUUCCAUUGCCGACUGCACCACAACCUGUUGGUCCACCGUCGCAGUCUGCUGGAGCUCCAACCCUUCAACACUCCCUCAAACACAGAGCAGUUCCAUCAGAGGGGACAGGGCUUUAACACCAGCAGUGGCCGGUACACAGCUCCAGUGUCUGGGUUCUACCAGCUCACAGCUAGUCUGCUACUGGAAUCCAAUGAGUCUCAGAAAAAGCCUCAUGCCAGGCAGAGGGACAGUGUUAAGGCUUCUAUAUGCAUAGAGUCUCUUUGUCAGAGUAAUGUGUCUUUGGAGACAGUGACUGGAGUGAGCACUACAGGGGGAGAAUUCAGUAUUCUGCUGACCGGGACUCUUUACCUACAGGCUGGAGAGUAUGUAUCUAUUCUUAUUGACAAUGGGACAGGCUCAGCCCUCACAAUUCUCCAAGACAGUCUGUUUUCUGGCAUUCUUAUUGGAGUAUGAGGACACAAACAAAACACAACCAAUGACUACAAAGAAGCCCAUUUUUACAGUGUUGACAAAAUACAUAUCUUUAUUAGGUAAGGUAUUCAGGACAUAUUAGAAUACUAAUUUCAUAAAAGGGAGGACUCUUUUCAAGCAUCUAAAAGAGACUCUACGUAUUACCACUGUUGCAAAGGGCAGCAGGAUUGCACUGCUAUUUCUUUCCAAAAUAAUGGUAACAUUUAAACUCUGUUCAUAGAGGUGUAUGUAUUUUUUCAUGUGUUAUGUGUAUGCAUUCCAUUCUACCAGGGCUGAAGUUUUAUUUAUUUGCAUUUGCUUUUUGAAAGGAUAUUGAUAUUUGAGUAUAUUUGCAAUAAAAUGCUUCCAUAACUGCUGAAACAUGCUCUGGGAAUUUAUUUCAGGGAAUACAGAGAUGUAUAUGAAUUGUACAGUUCUUCUUACUGCCUGACGAAAGUGUUUCAACAUGCAUUUGAAGCUUCCUGCUGUAUGAAAGAUUUUCAUGUUUUGCGAUUGAUGACAACCAUUUCAGAAAAUAAAAAAAGUAUUAAUGGCAGUAAUAAAGUAACUACUACCACAUUUGCAGGGUAAGUGGGGUGAAAAAAGCAACAGCAGCCGCUUAUUUAGGUCUUGAUUCCACAGAAUUCUAGCAAAAGGGACAAAUGGAAAUUUUAACUUUAAGCCUUUUAAAUGUUUGUAUU